AUGAGCGCAACCGACGACGAGACAAGAAUCACCCAGUGCUGCGGAAGCGACUGUGGUAAGGAUACAAAUACACGUCUCAAGUGCCCUACGUGUUUGAAGAAUGGUGUGGAGUCUGUGUUUUGCUCGCAGGCUUGCUUUAAGCGCAACUGGAAGACUCAUAAGGCCGUGCACCCUAAGGCUGAUACCGAGGGCAAGACCUACGAUCCUUUCCCAGCUGGCGUUUACACCGGAACUUUGCACGCAUGUUACCCUCUUGCACCCAGACGUGCGGUUGAUCCGGACGUUGUGCUACCCGAUUAUGCACGGGACGGUAUGCCUCGAUCUGAACAAGGAGCCCGAGCAACUACAAUUGAGAUUCUCGAUAAGGACGGAAUCGAGGGUAUGCGCAAAGUUUGCCGUAUUGGCCGAGAAGUCCUGGAUGCAGCUGCGGCUGCUGUGAAGCCUGGUGUGACUACGGAUGAGAUUGACGCAGUUGUGCACGCUGAGUGUAUGAAGCACAAGGCUUACCCAUCGCCACUUAACUACUACCAUUUCCCUCGAAGCGUUUGCACAAGUGUUAACGAAGUGAUUUGCCACGGCAUUCCUGAUCAACGUCCUCUGGAAGAUGGAGAUAUUGUGAACCUGGAUAUUAGUAUAUAUUUGGGUGGAUACCAUGCUGAUUUGAACGAGACUUAUUAUGUUGGCGAUAAGGCCAAAAAUGAUCCUGACACUGUGAGACUUGUUGAAACUACAAGAGAGGCUUUGGAUAUGUCAAUCAAAACUGUCAAGCCUGGAGUUUUGUUCCGGUCGUUUGGUGACAUUAUCGAGAAGCAUGCUAAAGCCAAUAAGCUGAGUGUUGUGCGAACAUACUCUGGUCAUGGUGUCAACAGCCUGUUCCAUUGUCCUCCCAACAUUCCCCACUAUGCCCGAAACAAGGCUAUUGGUAUGGCCAAGGCUGGUAUGUGCUUUACGAUUGAGCCAAUGCUUAACCUGGGUAGUUACCGAGACUCUAUGUGGCCUGAUAACUGGACAGCUGUGACUGUGGACGGUAAGCGCAGUGCGCAGUUUGAGCACACUUUGCUAGUGACUGAGGAUGGAGUUGAGGUUCUGACUGCACGUUUGCCCACUAGUCCCGGCGGGCCCGUUCCUAGAGUGUAA